AUGGCUACAAAGACCGACAAUAUUAUUGAAGAAGAAGAAAUUUCAAAAAUGGAACAAGGUGCAACUAAUCCAAAUGAAUCUGAAAUUGAUCAAUCCGAUCUUUGUUCUUCAAUUGCAAUGGUAACUACAAUGCAAAAGUUGAUUGCUGAGAUUAUUGGUACCUACUUCAUAAUAUUUGCCGGUUGCGGUGCUGUGGCUGUGAAUAAAAUCUAUGGAUCAGUCACUUUUCCAGGCAUUUGUGUAACUUGGGGGCUAAUUGUCAUGGUCAUGAUCUAUUCAGUUGGCCAUAUUUCUGGGGCUCAUUUCAAUCCUGCCGUUACCAUCACCUUGGCAAUUUUUCGUAGAUUUCCAUUUAAGGAGGUUCCACUGUACGUUGCAGCUCAGCUAAUGGGAUCUGUUCUUGCCAGUGCCACAUUAUCCUUGAUUCUGGAUGUAACUCCUUCUGCUUAUUUUGGAACUGUACCAGCUGGGUCUAAUGCCCAAUCGUUUGCUGUAGAAAUCAUAAUCUCCUUCCUCUUGAUGUUCAUAAUUUCUGGUGUCUCCACUGAUAAUCAAGCGGUGGGACAACUAGGAGGAGUAGCUAUUGGAAUGACCAUUAUGUUGAAUGUCUUUGUUGCUGGACCAAUUUCUGGAGCGUCGAUGAACCCUGCAAGGAGUAUGGGACCAGCAAUUGUUAAGCAUGUUUACAAAGGACUUUGGUUAUAUAUAAUAUGA